UCUUUUUCCGUUCCCUAUCAAUCAAACAAUCUGGGCCGCUCGCAAAAAUGCCCCGGGGCGAGGAGCGUGGACAAGGCGGCGGAGGGUGGUUUUUAAAUGGAAGCAGAAGCGGCAGCGCUACGGAAGGAAUAAAAAAAUAUAUGCAAGGGAGGGAGGGUAAAAAAUAUGUCUGCUUGUUGGGGGCAGAGGAGGAUUGUGUAAAGCAAAGGGCGAGCACUCCGAACGAGGCCCAACAUGUUAGCGCGGAGGGAGGGGAGGGAGACGGCAGCUGUCCCUGCCUGUGUGAUUGAUUGAUGGGGAAGGAUUUGAGAAGAAAUCGUGCCAGCCUCGUGUCCAGUCCUCUACUUGUUGCUCUUCACAGCUGAUUUAAACUAGAACGUUUAAUAAAACCACUCUGAUCGGCGCGAACGGGACUGGGGCUGUCACAUUAAGCGGUUACACGGCUCGCUGCAUAUCAAUCCGCAGCGGGGUCUUUUUCGCUGCCAGGCUUGCUAGGUUAGCAUGUUUUUAUUUUUAAACUCCGGUUAUUCCGCCUUGCAAAUAUGGCGCUCUGCAUCUAGGUUGCACCAUUGCAGCAAGUAAAACGUAAUAAGCACCAGGUCCCCCCGCGAUGGCUACAGCUAGCGCUAGCUCCACCAGAGCUAGAUGAGCUAACGCUAGCGCUACAGCACGGCUCCGUGUGAAGGACAAACAACCGUUAUUGCUACCGAGCAACUUUGUUAAUGGAUGUUUCAGUCCUAGAAGGUAGCCGGCCCAAAUAAUGACAUUAAUACUUCUCUCUUAUCACCGCCUAAAGCGACACCGACUAACGGCUAAUUUAUGGUGGGUGUGUUGAGUUGCACCGGAACGCUAACAACACAACACGGACCAGCGUUGGGGACAUAAACAUAAAACACAAAUACAGAUGAACGAUUAGUUUGUCAUUAAACCACCAGUGAUGUUGAAAUUGAGUUAUUUGUUCAUCAGCACAUUCUUUUGCAGCUGUAAUUCAUCUGGCACUUCAUACGCAUAAACCCAGCAUGUCCUUCAUCUUAACUAGCCUACUAAGCUAAUGAUCUUUGUUUGUGAGGAGAGGAUGACUGACACGUUUUGUACCUGCACUGAUGGCAGUUUUACUGAACUUGUGUAUUGUGUAGGUUGGCUACCUGUCCCUGCUCUCUAUAAUGCCCCAGUGGUUGCCGUGUCUGCAGUGAGCGUGAUGGCAGCCCAGUCGGUUUCCAUAGACAAAUACCCAAAGGGAGAGCAGCAGAUGCAAAGUGUGUUAAAGGUUGACCACUCGGAGCAGAGCUUUGCAGAGGUCGAGGUGCCCAUGCCAUCACCUGAACCGCAGACCCCUAUGGACGCAGACAAAGCAUCUAUAUAUCGGCACCCUCUCUUCCCUCUGCUGGCCCUGCUGUUUGAGAAGUGUGAGCAGUCCACUCUCAGCUCUGAUUGCAUCACCUCAGCCAGCUUUGAUGUGGACAUUGAGAACUUUGUUCAUUGUCAGGAGAAGGAGGGGAAGCCCUUCUUCAGCGAGGAUCCUGAACUUGACAACUUGAUGGUGAAAGCCAUCCAGGUGCUGCGGAUCCACCUGCUGGAGUUAGAAAAGGUGAGCGAUCUGUGUAAGGACUUCUGCAGCCGCUACAUCGCCUGCCUUAAGACCAAGAUGAACAGUGAGACUCUACUGAGUGGAGACCCAGGUAGUCCAUACUCACCCGCACACGGCCAGCCACAGAACUUCUCCCCCACCAAGACUCAGGUGUGCAAUACCCCCAGCUCCAUCUCCAGCGCCAUCAGUCCCCAGGGUCAGAUCGUGGUGCCUGCAUCUGCCCUGCAACAAGGAAAUGUUACUGUUACCGCUGUCAACCCCAACCAGGUGGUCACAGGAGGCACAGUUUACCAGCCAGUCACAGUCGUUACUCCUCAGGGCCAGGUGAUGACACAGGCCCUGUCCCCUGGGACGAUACGCGUCCAGAACAAUCAGGUACUCGCCUCAUGGUGCUGCUUAGAAGAGACAGCAGAGAGGGGACCUCACUGGUUCUCACUGCAGACUCUAGAUGUCCACGGUGUGUGUGUGUGUGUGUGUGUUCAGCUUCAGCUGCAGUUUCAUCAGGAUCUGAACCUCUUCAAUCAUGACGACAACUCAACCAAGAACAAGCGCGGUGUUCUCCCCAAACACGCCACCAACGUCAUGCGCUCUUGGCUUUUCCAGCACAUCGGGCAUCCUUACCCCACAGAGGAUGAAAAGAAACAGAUUGCAACCCAGACAAACCUGACGCUGCUGCAGGUCAACAACUGGUUUAUAAACGCUCGGAGACGAAUCUUGCAGCCGAUGUUGGACGCCAGCUCUUCUGAAGCCCCCAAGACCAAGAAGAAAACUCCCCAGAAUCGUCCGCUGCAGCGCUUCUGGCCAGACUCCAUCGCAACAGGAGGCGGCACUCCGCAGCAGGUCGCCAUGCCAGACGGUACCAUGGUGACGAUGAACAUGGAGGGUCUACAGAGUCUGACCUCCGAUGGAGCCACACUGGCGGUGCAGCAGGUGAUGAUGGGAGGCCACAGCGAAGACGAGUCAGAGGACAGUGGAGACGAGGAUGAUGAUGCAGACAUGGCCAGGCUGGGCCUGGACCACAGUGACUCGUUGCAGUAGAGGACACGCUCUUUCUCACUCUGAUCUACACACACAGGACGUGCAGACGUGGGUCUAGUCAGCGCAGACACAUGAGGUUUACAUCCAGCACAAACGUACAGCACCUACCAGAGGAGUUCUGUACUCUUCCAGCCCUCCUUCCUGCUAGCGUGUGUGUGUGUGUGUGUGUGUGUGUGUGUGUGUGUGUGUGUGUGUGUGUGUGUGUGUGUGUGUGUGUGUGUGUGUGUGUGUGUGUGCAUCAGGAGUUUCACUUUUGAAACGGUUUUUUAAUACGUUUAUUCAUGUAGGUGAGUGCACUUUUUGUAUAUUUAAGCUCUAAAAUAUAAAAUCAGUUAGAAAAGAAAAAGACGUGUUGAGAACACCAGAAGCUACUUCGUAUGCUCCGUUAAUACAUGUUGACUGAUUUGUUUGUUUCCCUUGCCCCGGUUCCCGUUGAGUUUUCUUUUGGUUUUGGAUGCCAACACUUGGAAGUAAGUUGUAUACGUAACGGAUCGUCUUCACUUUUGCAUGCCUGUGUUUUGAGUAGAUGUGCACACUCCUCCAGCUGACUCCACGGCUCCUGGGCCUCCGAGGGCUGAGCUGAGCACAAGUGGAGCGAGUGAGAAAAUCGUAGAGAUGCUUAUUUUUCUAUACAAACAUAUGGAAUUAGUGUUUUUGUUUCAUUUUGUGUUCCGUUUUGUAAGGAGUAUUUAUGUACAGAUUCGUAAUGAAACUUGGCAACCCUGUUUUUCAGGGUUCUUUGAAGUUUUCUAAAAACAGCAGAAGAAAAUGGAUGCUGAUGAAAUUGCUAUUUAAAUUGGUUUUAAAGUUACGAUACUAACAAGGCCUUAUCUGUGUUCUUUUGUAAAGACUUCUUACCAAGAAGCACAAACGUCUGACCCUUUGGUGAAAUCGGUCAAAGAGACACUAAACUGCAGGACUAGGGAAAGCGACGGUUUGGGAUUUCUCUGUGUUCUGAAACUUUGCUGUAAAUCUGACAAAUAACCUUUUGUAGCAGCCCGACUGCAGCGCUCCAGUCGUUUGAAGUACAGCUCCAGUUGGAGCUACAUUGUGUAUACCAUACGUGCAUCUUUGAAUCGUUCCACUGGACUUGCAUCAGCUCUGCCUUCUCACAUGCACAAUCCAGAACACUAUGCUAACCACACAAUCAUGGGGCAGAAGCCUCUGGAGGGAUGGUGUCAACCAGAACCAUGUCAGCCAGAAGCAGUGGACAUUUUGCACGCUUUUAUUUCCAUACAUGUUCUCUAUACUACAUUGAAAUGUACUUUUGGAAUCCAUGUCUCUGACCUGCAUUAAGGACUGGGAUGAAGCUCCACCGCUUCACCACUACAGAUUCAUGCAGGGAAGGAUCUGAAAUCCCUGGGUGGAGGUGUGAUUACUGCACAAAGUGGGGUGCCUCUUGUUUGAAUCACUGUAACAUAGUGGACGACAGCUGCAGUAAUCUGGUUUUUAGCCCUUUUGGUUACUUUUUGAUGUGGCCUCGCAGAGCUUUGUUCUUCAUUUGGGUUUGUCUUGCUUUUGAUGAAGCGAUGUUCACUGUUCUCUUGUCUGUUUUGCCUUAGAGCUUUAUAUUUUGGAAUAAACAAUGCCUAACUCUC